AUGGGGAGAAAGAUCAAUGGGGCAUCACCACCAAUGCCUCGGCCUUUCUUCUCCCUAUCCCUUCCUUUCCUUCUCCUAUUCACGUCAACCUUCAACUUCGCCAACUUUGUUUCGGCCAAAGGUCACGAAUCUUCUUCUUCUUCUCCUCCUCCUCCUCCUACUGCCACAUUCUCUCCCUCCGAUAACUUUCUCAUCGAUUGUGGCUCGUCCCAACAAACCAAGCUUGACGAUGGCAGGACAUUCAAAUCAGACCGUGACACGGCUAGUCUUUUGUCCACAACCGAAGAUGUCCAAACUUCAGUUGAUUCAAUCACUGCCAAUGCCUCUUCCUCUAUACCACCUUCCUCUCAACCUUUGUAUCGCACUGCGCGAAUCUUCUCCGAAAAAUCCACCUACUCUUUCUACAUUAACAAACCGGGGCAGCAUUGGAUCAGGCUUUACUUCUAUCCACUUCCACACAACACGUAUAAUCUGAAGAGCGGUUUUUCAGUGAACGCGGAUAAGUAUGUUCUCUUGCAUGACUUCUCCGUGACAGACAAUAUGACGUUGGUGUUUAAAGAGUACAUUCUCAAUGUCACGGAAAACAGAUUUUCGCUACAUUUCGAUCCCAAGAAGAAAUCGUGUGCGUUUGUUAAUGCUAUUGAGGUUGUCUCUGCCCCUGACACUAUGUUCAACAAUUCAGCUACAUCCGUUUCUCCGGUUGGAGACUUCAACAGCUUGGCUAAUUACGCUUUUCAAGUUCGUUACCGUGUAAACAUUGGAGGGCAGUUGAUAUCUCCAGGAAACGACACAUUGUCAAGGACUUGGGAGCCUGAUAGUGCAUACAAUGUAUUUCCACAAGGAGCUAAAAACGCGUCUGUGGCUACGAAAGCCAUCAAGUAUCCACAGAGUGGCGCUUCUCCAUUGAUUGCCCCGAAUUGGGUUUACUCAACUGCUCAACACAUGCGAGACUCUGCUACAAGCCAGCAGAAUUUCAACCUCACUUGGAAGUUGAAUGUCGAAGAAGAGUUUUCGUAUUUGAUUAGGCUGCAUUUUGCUGACAUUGUGAGUAAAACCCUUAACGAUUUAUACUUCAAUUUCUACAUCAACGGGAUGAUGGCCGCGUCCAACCUUGACCUUUCCUCACUCACCGGCGCGCUCUCCACUGCGUAUUACAAAGAUUUCGUGCUCAAUGCCACGGCGGUGUCAAGUGAAAAUAGUACCAUCAGAAUUCAGGUUGGUCCCGGAACUACUGGGUCAGGCUCUCAGGAUGCACUUCUUAAUGGAUUGGAGAUAUUAAAGAUGACCAACGUUGCGGAUAGCCUGGAUGGUCUUUUCGGGGUUGAUGGAUCGUACAAGGGGCCAGGAAGAGUAAGCACCGUGAAGAAGAUAGUUGCCGGCGUUGGUUUGGCAAUGGGAGUGACAGCAAUGUUGUUAGUUGUUGUGGUUGUUGUCCGGUGGCGCAAAAGACCUCAAGGCUGGGAAAAGCGAAACAGCUUUUCGUCGUGGUUGCUUCCUCUCCAUUCGAGCCAGUCUAGCUUCUUCUCCAGCAAGAACAGCUCUCGCAAAUCAAGCGUCUUUGGGUCGCGCAAGAGCAAAAGCGGUUACUCAGGCUACUUCUCAUCCUAUGGAAGGUCCUUCACCUUCGCUCAGUUACAAAAUGCAACACAAAACUUUGAUGACAAGGUAGUGAUUGGCGUUGGUGGGUUUGGAAAAGUGUACCUUGGGGAGUUGGAAGAUGGCACAAAGCUCGCGAUCAAACGAGGAAAUCCAAAUUCGGAGCAAGGCAUUAACGAAUUCAGAACAGAAAUGGACAUGCUUUCCAAGCUGCGCCAUCGCCACCUUGUUUCGCUGAUCGGAUUUUGUGAUGAGAAUAAUGAAAUGAUCCUUGUGUAUGAGUACAUGGCGAAUGGACCGCUUCGCGACCACCUCUAUGGCUCGAACCAGCCUCCACUGUCAUGGAAACAAAGGCUUGAGGUUUGCAUUGGUGCUGCUCGCGGUUUACAUUACCUGCACACUGGUGCCGCACAAGGUAUCAUACAUCGUGACGUAAAGACAACAAACAUUCUCCUCGAUGAGAAUUUCGUAGCAAAAGUUUCAGAUUUUGGCUUGUCAAAAGCUGCGCCUACGCUGGAACAAACCCAUGUCAGCACAGCCGUCAAGGGUAGUUUUGGUUAUCUUGAUCCGGAGUACUUCAGAAGGCAACAGCUAACUGAGAAAUCCGAUGUCUAUUCUUUUGGUGUGGUGCUUUUCGAGGCGCUAUGCGCAAGGCCUGUCAUAAACCCGGCCCUGCCAAGAGAGCAGGUGAGCUUGGCUGAGUGGGCAAUGCAGUGGCACAGGAAAGGCAUGAUCGAAAAGAUAAUUGAUCCUUAUAUCGCUAGCUCAGUUGACUCUGGUUCGCUGAAAAAGUUUGUAGAAGCUGCAGAGAAAUGCCUUGCUGAAUACGGUGUAGAUAGGCCUAACAUGGGAGAUGUGUUGUGGAACUUGGAGUAUGCUUUGCAGCUUCAAGAGGCCGCCUCGCAGAUUGAUCUGCCGGAAGAUAAAACUUCCAGUCUCAUUUCUUUGGACAAAGCAAGCGAAAACGGAUCAAAGGAAGGCUCUGCUGUCGGAGUGAGUGAUGAUUCUGGAGUGACAAUUGGUUCUCCUGCGUUUGCUAAAAAAGGGAACAUUCAGGGGAGGUGAAAUUCGCCCUAGUUCCGAUUUUCUUCUCGCACUUCUGGUUCCUACUGGUUCGAGUUCCAUGCUCCACUUUAGCAGUAUGACGAGCAUCGACACGAAUCAAAGUAAAAAUGGCGUCGAUUGAACUGUUAGUUCACAGUUUGGGAAAAAGCUUCUUAGAUAGGUCUCUCUUUCUUGGUUUUUAUUAACUCAGUAAGAUGUUAGUGAUUGCCUGCUAAGUUGUCCAAGCAGUUUGUUUUGAACUUUAUCAAUCUAUAGAAUUAUCCGUAUGUUUUGAGCUUUAACAUCA